GUGAAAAUUGGUUUCGACUACCACAUCGUCCAUAAUUUGAUUUCAUCAUCUCAUUCUCGUUUCUAGACUAUUGUUUGGGGGUAGUGAGUUAUCUUGGAAUAACUUGUCAUAAGAUAUAGUUGACUAUAUCGCCGUGCGAUACCUAAAGUUCAGUCCCUUGAUGUGAUUUGAAUUCUUUAUCUGCUGCUCUGAUUGGCUUGGACUCCUGGAAAGUCACUUGGGAAAUGAUGUUUAACACCAUACAACCUAAGAGGUUAUGGUUCAUCAAAACUUUUUGACAGCAUCUUGCGAUGUAAGUGUAGUGUUCCAACUGCAUCAAAUCCCUGCCAAUAUGUUUGUGAUGUGUCUGGGUUUGGAAGUUGGAAGAAGUUUGUGAUCAUCUACUAUCGUGGACGUAUUAGAUAUAUAAAUCCACCCAAAGCCUGUAUCAAAGCCCAAUGGAAAUCAAAGGAGAUUUUAAAGAUGAAACUGAAUAAGGCUAGGUUGGUGAAUGCUGAGUUUAUCUAGACGGAGUCUCAUUUCAAGAGAAUCAAGUGAAGUUGAGGGUUUGCCGGUUUGGCAGGGGAGGUUCUCGCGGGUGCUGUUUUCAAAAAAAUCUUAUGUCAUUGAAUAUACUGUCACUGAUAAAUGCAGUGUCGCUCUUGUUAGAAGCCUUUGGAUUAGCUAAGUGGCAAAUGGAUUGCUUUACCAUUGGUAAAGUUGCCACAGUUUCUUGUAGCAGUUCAAUAAGUCUAGUAGGAAAUGAUUUUUUUUUUUUUAAAGCAUGUGAGCUAAUGGAAUUCAUGUCAGUGGUCACAUGUUAUUCGGGCAUUACCCAUAAAUGGGAUGAAAACACAGUUCUCCAACUAGUACUUAUCGGUUGGAAUUUAUUUUGGAGCAUCAUGGAUUUGACUUGGGUUAUCUAGGAGACCUUAACAAUGCUCAUACAAGGUACUUGAAUACAUCUUUGAGCUAUUCGUUUUCUUUCCAUUUGCACAGUUGCACUAUGGGUUUAGUCUAUUGGUUGUCAAAAAGUUUGUCUUUGAUGAUGGCAUGAUCCACAACUCGCUAUCUUGCCACUGCUUUGUGUCAUACGUUUAUAGCAGAAUCAAUUGUUAGGAAGUUGAACUCCAUGUCAAGAUAAGCUAUUGUUACUAUUCCUUCAGAUACUCUACAGUAACAUCCGCUGACUCAUCAACCAUUUGCAUGGUGGUUCAUAUUAUUUACAGCCAUUUGUGUUGGCAUGUGUCUCUUAUGAGUUAUGACCCACUUCUUCUGUUUUAGCAGUGCACAACAAUGGGAGACUGUACGUAUUACAACUUUUUAUGUGGAGCAAAGCAAGUGAAUUAGAAGAAUGCUUAGUGGAGGUUAGUACUUUCCAUCAAAUAUUAAGUCGUUUGAAAGUAAUUUCGUUAUCUUUGUUACCAUGAGAACCAUGUGAAAGUAGUCAUUCUAGCUUUCUUUGCUUCUCAAAGUGUCAUUUAUAAAAGAAAUCAAAAAGAGAAAAUUUUAGGACUUUUGGCAAGUAAUCAAUCAGCAUGCGAUACAUGUGCUUUACAUUCUUCUGCGAUUUCUUUCGUACUCUUAAGGGUGGUCGAUUCUUAAGAGUAUAUCUUGCUGAAGUCGUCCCUAGAAGCGUGCACUAUGAUGAGCACAUAGCCACAUAAUAUGAAAACUUGCUCUUUAAAGGGGAACUCUUAGCCAAAUUUUGCUGUUUUUCCUUUCAAAAGUAACCUCACUAUAGUGGAGGUCCUACUUCCAUAGACAAAACAUGUUUUAUUGCUAAGGUGGUGAAGAAAACAUGAAGAAUAAAGACCAUUCAUUUGAAAAUGAGGUUUUGGUGUGGCAAUACGCAAGACUGAUUUGCUCUACGAUGCCGACCUUUUACAUGUAUAGUCAUAUUUUAUGGUUGGUACUGCUUGUAGAUGAUUCAGUCAAUAGUGGUUACAGCACUAUGGAAAAGGGUUUUUUCACUUUCCUCAGCCUUAGCCACAAAUUUCGAUUUAAUAUAGGAUAGGAGUUGACUCUUAAUAAUUAAAAAAAAUGAUUGUUUAAAUGCUAUUGGAGCGUAUAAUAUAAGAAGAUUUGGAAGAUGUGUUUUUGGUUAGCAUUUGCAAAUCCACUAAACCGUGACAACUUUCCCAUGGUCGAUCACAAUCUAAUCAUUCAUUGGUCUCAUAACCUAAGGAUUAUCUUCUCUAGAAAAGCCAUUCAUUAUCACUGUAUGAUAGAGGAGGAUUGUCUAGUAACAUGUUAUGCACUGGUGUUUAUAGCAUUAAGUAUAGUACAGAGCUUCAAGCUUUUGUAUUUUGUUUCAUAUGAUUAUUGCUUAGCUGUGAAUCUUUUUUUCUACAUGAGUGAUUGUGGUAAUAGAGUAAAAUGAUCAUGUAGACUUUGUUUAAGGUAGGGGUUAAGAUAUUAAAUUUAAAUUUUCUUAGCUUGACAUUGUGAUAUGUUGCUGCUGAAUGUUUUGUGAUCAUUAGAUUUUUAGGAAUGAAUAUGAUGAUAAGGCGUAGGAACUGGGUACUAAAGUAUAUGGUAAAAUUUCCUAAGAGAGGUGAGAUCUACUUCCCUACAAAGAAGAUACCUAGAGAGUCAAGUGAAUAAAGGAACCAUUGAACUUAUUGGACUAAGUAUUCGUAUUUGAUUGCUUUUUAGUAUUAAACUAAAGCAUCUCAGAUCGUAGUGGGGUUAGAGUAAAGAAAAUGGUAGUAUUGGCUUGGAAAGGUGAUCGUGAGGAAUAAUAUCAAGAGUUUUCAAUAAUUAAUGUUAAAAAGAGGAAUCGAAUUUGGGUAGUUUUUAUUCAUUUCUGUUAACUCAUCAUCAUCCUCAACGUGAGUGUGAAACAAAAUAGAAAAUGAGAACUAUUUGAGGCUGAAAACAAAACAAUGUGGGCACAGAAUCUAGAAGACACUGUGGAGGUUAAUGAGUCAACACAGAGAGCUUAAGCAUUUAUAAAAAGGACCAAGAAUUCUUCUCAUUUAAACAGAUCACUUCACACCCACAGACACUCCUCAAGAAUCAACUCUCUCGUGUAGUUUAUUCUAGAUGGAGCAUAAGAAGAUUGAUGCAGAACUUCAAGAUUCGUACGAUGAUCAACAGAAAUGGGUUCUUGAUUCUUCUCUCGACAGCAGAGGACGUGUUCCUCUUCGGGCUCGAACUGGCGCUUGGAAAGCUGCACUCUUCAUCAUCGCAAUUGAGUUCAGCGAGAGGUUGAGUUACUUCGGGUUAGCUACGAACCUGGUGGUCUACCUAACAACGAUUCUCCACCAAGAUCUCAAGUUGGCUAUAAGAAAUGUGAACUACUGGGCAGGUGUCACUACUUUGAUGCCUCUUCUUGGAGGCUUUGUAGCAGACGCCUAUCUUGGACGUUACGCGACUGUCUUGGUUGCAACCACCAUUUACCUUAUGGGUUUGGUCCUUUUAACAAUGUCCUGGUUCAUACCGGGCUUGAAACCUUGUCACGAAGAAGUGUGCGUUGAACCUAGGAAAGCACACGAAGUAGCCUUCUUCAUUGCCAUAUACUUGAUCUCCAUAGGGACUGGAGGUCAUAAGCCAUCCCUUGAGAGCUUUGGUGCUGACCAGUUCGACGAUGAUCAUGUUGAAGAAAGAAAUAUGAAGAUGUCUUAUUUUAACUGGUGGAAUGUCGUUCUAUGUGCUGGUAUUCUAACGUCCGUGACUGCUGUUGUCUAUAUCGAAGAUCGUGUUGGUUGGGGUGUUGCAGGAAUCAUACUCACCAUAGUUAUGGCUAUUUCUCUUGUCAUCUUCCUCGUCGGAAAACCAUUCUAUCGUUACCGGACACCUUUGGGUAGUCCUUUGACUCCAAUGUUACAGGUCUUUGUUGCCGCCAUUUCCAAAAGAAAUCUUCCUUAUCCCUCUGAUCCUUCUCUGCUUCAUGAAGCUUCCAAGGCAGAGUUUACUAAUGGCCGGCUUCUCCCCCACACAAAGCAUCUGAAGUUUCUUGACAAGGCAGCAAUUAUAGAAGACAAGAUUAAUCCUCUGGCACUCGAGAAGCAGAGUCCAUGGAGACUCGUAACGUUGACUAAAGUAGAGGAAGCAAAGCUGAUCAUCCACGUGAUUCCCAUAUGGCUCUCCACGUUAGCCUUUGGAAUCUGUGCAGCACAAACCACGACCUUCUUCAUUAAACAAGCAAUCAUCAUGGACAGACACAUCGCCGGUAACAGCAGCUUCACAGUUCCUCCAGCUUCCAUGUUCUCUCUCACCGCUCUUGCUCUGAUCAUCUCGAUCACCCUCUACGAUAAACUUCUACUUCCCUUGCUAAGACGCAUCACACGGAACCAAAGAGGCAUCAACAUUCUCCAGAGAAUCGGGACCGGUAUGGUUUUCUCCAUCAUCACCAUGGUCAUUGCAGCUCUAGUUGAGAAACAACGAUUGGACCGUACCGAAAACAACAAAACCUUGAGUGUGAUAUGGCUAGCUCCUCAGUUCAUUGUCAUUGGCAUUGCGGAUGCGUUCACGCUCGUUGGACUCCAAGAGUACUUCUACGACCAAGUCCCUGAUUCCAUGAGGAGCUUAGGUAUAGCGUUUUACCUAAGCGUGAUAGGCGCAGCUAGCUUCCUUAACAAUCUACUGAUCACAGCCGUGGAUACUCUAGCGGAGGAUUUCUCGGCCAAGAGUUGGUUUGGGAAGGACUUGAACAGCAGCCGGUUGGACCGGUUCUACUGGUUUCUUGCCAGUGUUAUGGCUGCCAAUAUAUGUGUCUUUGUGGUUGUGGCAAAGAGAUGCCCUUACAAAACCGUGCAGCCAAGCCAAGCUGAUUCCUCCGAGUCCGUCGCCUAAAUAAACAAGUCUUGCAAUGCAAGUAUAUGUUGCCAAGCUUCUUUAGAAGGAAAAACAAAAAAAAAUUGAGAAGUCAUCUUUGUAUUAGAAUUUUUUUGGUAAAUAGAUCAUUUAAAUUAUUUUCGCGCGAUUUCCAAAACGUUGGGAAUUUACGAUAUUUACCUAAACAUACAUAAACGA